AUGGGAUCGGAUCAGACUGGACCGGACCAGACCGGACCGGACUGACCCUCAAAAUCGUUCAAGUCUGUGCCCCCCACUACGGCCAGCGAUGACGAUGAGGUUUAUGAAUUCUAUGCGGAGCUCGAAUCAAUUCUCACGAUCAAGUUUGCCUAUACGGUAGUGAUGGGCGACUUCAACGCAAAACUUUGUCGAGGAAGGAAAGUCAGUGAGAAAUACAUUGGCAGAUUUGGUAUAGGAAAGCUAAACAACAGGGGUGAUAGAAUGGUAGCAGUGACAGAGGCCAACGAACUGUUCGUCGGUAACACCUGGUUCCGGAAGAAAGUGGGGCGGAAAUGGACAUGGAUCACACCAAACGCAUUUGCGAAAAAUGAAAUGGACUAUAUUCUGGUCGAUAUUCAGCGCAUUCUGAAGGAUGUCUCCAUCCGUAGUGCAAUCGUUCAACACAGGAAACGAUUACCGCUUGUUGCGGGCAAGAAUACACUUAACUCCGGCUGUAGAAUGAAGGCCACUGUGUCGUAUCAGCGCAAAAGGCCUAUGGAGAUCGACGAAGCAAAGAUGGAGCGGCAAGUGGGAACUACCAACUGGAAUAUGAGGAGAGAGCAAGAUCCGUUGGGCAGGGCUACUUCGCGCGUCUUCAUGAUGACCGAUGGACCUCGCGUAUUCCCGAAUGGUACCCGAGGGAAAGAAGACGACUACUCGGCGUCCUUCGAAGAGAUAGCGAACAUAGGCACAGAGCUGUCAACCGAGCACCACGUUGUUGGUGACAAGCUACGCUGUGAGAAACGGUGUACCAUACGAAGGUCUGGUGGAAGAAGCAACUACAGCAUGAAGUGGGACAUUAUGCUCUGCACAUGUGAGUGCAAGACUUGCAAAAAAAACGACGAACGAAAGUUAGAACAGAUCGCAAUCAUGACUGCUUACAUGGAAAGCAAAAGAAAGCUCUACAUGAGCGGCUUACAGACGGAUGUCGUUGAAUGGGCUGGUUUGAAACAAAAUGGCUCCUGCUAG